AUGUGGAGGAUUAAGUAUGGAGAGGGGGCAAAUGACCCCUUGUUGUUCAGCACAAACAACUUCCAUGGAAGGCAGACAUGGGAGUUUGACCCAGAUGCAGGUACCCCUGAAGAGAGAGCAGAGGUUGAAGAAGCUCGUGAAAAUUUCUACAGAAACCGCUUCAAGGUUCAGCCCAGCAGUGAUCUCCUCUGGCGUUUUCAGAUGCUAAGAGAGAGAAACUUCAAACAAGAAAUUCCACCAGUAAGAAUUGGGGAGGGUGAGGAAAUCACAUAUGAUCAGGCCACAGCUGCAUACAGGAGGGCUGCUACCUUUUGGAAUGCCUUGCAAUCACCUCAUGGACAUUGGCCUGCUGAAAAUGCUGGACCAAACUUUUACUUUCCACCCCUGGUCAUGGCUGCAUACAUUCCAGGAUAUCUUAAUAUUAUUUUCACACCUGAGCAUAAGAAGGAAAUCUUGCGUUAUACAUACAACCAUCAGAAUGAAGAUGGUGGGUGGGGAUUGCACAUAGCAGGGCCUAGUAUGAUGUUCACCACAUGUCUUAACUACUGUAUGAUGCGUAUACUCGGAGAUGGCCCUGAUGGCGGUCGUGACAACGCAUGCGCAAGGGCACGAAAGUGGAUUCUUGACCGUGGGGGUGCAUACUAUGCUGCAUCAUGGGGAAAAACUUGGAUGGCGAUCCUUGGUGUGUACGAUUGGGAAGGCAGCAACCCCAUGCCCCCGGAGUUUUGGAGUUACCCUACUCUGCUUCCUUUUCAUCCAUCAAAAAUGUUCUGCUACUGCAGGUUGACUUACCUACCUAUGUCUUACUUUUAUGCCACAAGAUUUGUUGGUCCAAUCACUCCUCUUGUUGAAGAAUUGAGACAAGAAAUUUACCGUGAACCAUACAGCGAAAUUAACUGGAGUACAGUGCGCCAUUCAUGUGCAAAGGAAGAUAACUACUAUCCCCAUGGCAGGGUUCAACGUUUUAUGUGGGACAGUCUUUACACAGUUGCUGAGCCUCUUCUUAAGAUCUGGCCCUUCAAGAAGAUCAGAGACAAUGCUAUUCAAUUUACAAUUGACCAAAUUCAUUAUGAAGAUGAGAACAGUCGCUAUAUUACGAUCGGAUGCGUGGAGAAGCCAUUGAUGAUGCUUGCUUGCUGGGCCGAGGAUCCUAGUGGAGAAGCUUUUAAGAAGCACAUUCCUAGAGUUACAGAUUAUAUAUGGCUUGGAGAGGAUGGAAUCAAGAUGCAGAGUUUUGGCAGCCAGUCAUGGGAUUGUGCUCUUGUAAUUCAAGCUUUGCUUGCUGGGAAUCUCAAUGCUGAAAUGGGACCUGUACUUAAGAAAGCACACGAAUUCCUGAAGAUAUCUCAGGUGAGGAUCAAUACUUCCGGCGACUACUUAGCUCAUUUCCGUCACAUCUCUAAGGGAGCAUGGACUUUCUCUGAUCGGGAUCACGGAUGGCAAGUUUCCGAUUGUACUGCAGAGGCAUUGAGGUGUUGCUGCCUGUUUGCAAAUAUGUCCCCAGAAGUUGUUGGUGAGCCAAUGGAAGCUGAGUGUAUGUAUGAUGCUGUCAAUGUCAUAAUGUCUCUUCAGAGUCCAAACGGUGGUGUAUCAGCCUGGGAGCCAACAGGAGCACCAAAAUGGUUAGAGUGGCUCAAUCCUGUGGAAUUUCUCGAGGACCUUGUCAUCGAAUACGAGUACAUCGAGUGCACUUCAUCUUCAAUCCAGGCCUUAAUUUUGUUCAGGAAGUUGUACCCUGGGCACAGAAGGAAAGAGAUCAACAAUUUCAUCACAAGGGCUGCAGACUACAUUGAAGACAUACAAUAUCCUGAUGGCUCAUGGUAUGGAAAUUGGGGAAUCUGCUUUGUGUAUGGUACCUGGUUUGCAAUCAAAGGGUUGGAGGCUGCAGGCAGAACAUACAACAAUUGUGAGGCAGUACGCAAAGGUGUUGACUUUUUGCUCAAAACUCAAAGGGAAGAUGGUGGUUGGGGAGAGCACUACACCUCAUGCACAAACAAGAAAUAUACAGCUCAAGACAGUACAAAUUUGGUUCAAACUGCACUUGGAUUGAUGGGUCUGAUUCAUGGCCGGCAGGCUGAGAGAGAUCCAACUCCUAUUCACCGUGCUGCAAGGGUGUUGAUGAACAGUCAAUUGGAUGACGGUGAUUUCCCCCAACAGGAACUGAUGGGAGUUUUUAUGAGGAAUGCCAUGUUGCACUAUGCAGCAUAUAGGAAUAUCUUCCCAUUGUGGGCUCUCGGAGAAUACCGUACACUGGUUCAGUUGCCUACCAAUAAGAUUUGA